AUGGAGAGCCUGGACGAGGUGUGCCGCGCCGUCAACACCUCCGCCGAGUCUAUUGCGGUCGAGUCGCCCUCGUCGCGUGCGCAGUCGACGCCAGCGGACGCUUUGAAAACCUCGCGUUCAGAUACAGUCCUGGCGAGCAGAGAACCCGCCGGCAAGCAGGCCGUGAGCGAUCCCUCCCCGGAGCAGCCGGCAUCGGCUACGAGCACGGUGGUUCACGAUGACGACCUCGACCGGUCCGCGCAGGGCCCGUCCUUUCCCCAGCUGUCCUACAACCACCCGGUCGCGUCAGACGAAGGCAUCAUCGAAGACGAUGCCGAGGGCGGCGACGAGGAGCCCCCGAUAGCCUCGUCUUUCGACCGAGCCGGCUCCCCCGUGCCUCCGGCCCAGCGGAGCAGAACGGCGAGCUACGAAAAAGUCGGCGAAGAAGGGGUCGUGCGGAUGCACAAAUUCUCGCUGUACGAGACCGCCACCAAAUACUACAUGGUUGGCAUGGAUCUGCUGGACACGCGGUUUCGGAUCCUGAAGAUCGACCGCACGUCGGAAUCGGAAGACCUGAGCAUCCAGGACGACGGCAUCGUCUACACCAAGCAGGAAAUGAGCCACCUGCUGGAUACCAUUGACGAUGGGAACAAGAGCUCCGGAGGGUUGAAGCUGAAAUGUAGCGCAUGGGGUCUGCUGGGCUUCAUCCGGUUUACAGGACCGUACUACAUGCUGCUGGUCACCAAGAGAAGCCAGGUGGCCAUGAUUGGCGGCCAUUAUGUCUAUCAGAUCGACGGCACGGAGCUGGUCUCGCUGACGACGUCCACCUCGUCCCGACUGAAGCCGGAGAAGAAUCCCGAGGAGGCGCGGUACAUCGGGAUAUUGAACAAUCUCGACCUCACGCGCUCCUUUUAUUUCAGCUACUCCUACGACAUAACGCGGACGUUGCAGCACAACAUUGCUCGGGAACGUCAGCAUCUGCAAAAGAACCCGCACAGUCUUCCAGAGCACGACCAUAACUCAAUGUUUGUCUGGAACCAUCAUCUUCUCAAUCCGGCUGCCGCAAAUCUCGGGAAGAACACCUAUGACUGGUGUCUCCCCAUCAUCCAUGGCUAUGUUGAUCAGUCGACCUUGUCGGUUUACGGGAGACAAGUCUUCAUUACCAUCAUCGCCCGUCGGUCGCGAUUCUUCGCCGGUGCCCGUUUCUUGAAACGCGGGGCCAAUGAUCUGGGGUAUGUGGCCAACGAUGUCGAAACCGAGCAGAUUGUCUCCGAGAUGACCACGACUUCCUUCCAUUCUCCGGGUCCGAAGUUGUACGCCAAUCCUCGGUACACUUCCACCGGCGUGAGCCCCAAGCCGGACAUCGAGCUCAACCUGAUCGAUCCAUUUUACUCUGCUGCGGCGUUGCACUUUGACAACUUAUUUGAGAGAUAUGGGGCACCGAUAUACGUGCUGAAUCUGGUCAAGUCAAGAGAACGGACGCCGAGGGAAUCCAAACUGCUCAAAGAAUACACCAAUGCCAUCAACUACCUCAACCAGUUCCUGCCUGAAGAUAAGAAGAUCAUCUACAAGGCGUGGGACAUGAGUCGCGCAGCGAAGAGCCGCGACCAAAACGUGAUCGGGACGUUGGAGGACAUCGCCUCGGAUAUUCUUCCCAAAACGGGCUUCUUCAAAAACGGAGACGACGAGGAAUCGGGCUUGCGGCUGCAGAACGGCGUUGCGCGCACGAACUGCAUCGACUGCCUCGACCGCACCAAUGCGGCUCAAUUCGUCAUCGGCAAGAGGGCUCUGGGGUAUCAGCUUCACGCUCUGGGCGUCAUCGAUGGGACGGAAGUGGAGUACGACACGGACGCCGUGAAUCUCUUCACGAAUAUGUGGCAUGACCACGGGGACACGAUUGCGAUCCAAUACGGCGGCUCGCACCUUGUCAAUACGAUGGCCACGUACCGAAAAAUGAACCAGUGGACGAGCCAGUCGAGAGAUAUGGUGGAGAGUGUUAAGAGAUACUACAAUAACUCCUUUCUAGACGCCCAGCGUCAAGAAGCCUACAACCUCUUCCUCGGAAACUACAUCUUCUCCCAGGGCCAGCCGAUGCUCUGGGACCUGGCCACCGACUAUUACCUGCACCAUGCGGACCCGCGGACCUGGUUGAAGCAGAAGAGGCCCAACUACAUCACUUGGUACACGCCAGAAUUCCUGAAGAAGCGAGAGAUGGCGCCUACGGUGUCGUCCUCGGCUCUCAAGGACAAGCAUCUCGCGUAUUACGAUGACUACUGGCUCGAAUACUACCGACCGCUUGCCGUGUCGUCGUUUUCUAAAGUCUUUCCGUUCCGCAUGAACUCGACCCUGCGGUACCUGUCCUUCCGCUCUACGCAGGGCGGUCGCUACGACCUGAGUCCGUUCGUCGUCCGGACGCAGCACGAGCAAACGAGUCGGGAACGACCCGCGCGGCAGUCGAGGAAGGGCGUGAAGAUCCAGGAACCGGAAGCCUCCAGCGACUACUCCAACGGGUCGGGCAGGGGGUCCGAUAUUAUAGAGCAAAACUGGCAGCAUCAGCCUCCGUCAGCGGAGAGGCGCCCGCCCUCGACGGGGAUCAUGAAAGACGCCGCAGCCGCCAUCCCGCCGGCUGCCAGCACUCCCAGCAAAGCGCAAAUCGCGCAGUGGACCCUCGACCAACUCGUCAAAGACUCCCUCAAUCCCUCCGUAACCGCCACCGAAGCCGAAGAAUACGAGCGCUACAUCAACCACCCCCUCAAAGUACCGCUCGUCGUAACAUCCGACGACGCCCUGGCCGCAGCGGCAUCCAUCCGCGCGCAGGGCUCCAACCUCGAGUUCCUCGAGUACGUCAACAAGGUGCGCGUGGCGGACGAACUUUUUAGCCCCAUCGCCGAGGAGGACCUGAGGGACUAUGUCGAGUAUUUGAAUGUCUCCGAGGAAGGGCUGACGGUCGUAGCGGAGGACUAUGAUAAGAAGCGCUAUAAGCGGUAUCGGCAGUGGUUGAGGGGGAAGAGUUUGUUUAAGCAGAGGGUUGAGACGUGA